AUCACAUUACAGUUAAUUCCAAGACUGAUUCCAUCUUGCUCAUGGAAACUUGAGUCUUCUUUGUAGCCCCAUUGCUCUGUGUUGAUUCCUACCCUCCUGGCAAUGGUUUUACAGUCUCCUCUCUCCCUUUUCAGAUCACUGGGGUGAUCCUGUUGGCUGUUGGAGUCUGGGGAAAACUUACUUUGGGCACCUACAUCUCCCUUAUUGCUGAGAACUCCACAAAUGCUCCCUAUGUGCUCAUCGGAACUGGCACCACUAUUGUUGUUUUUGGCCUGUUUGGAUGCUUUGCUACAUGCCGUGGUAGCCCAUGGAUGCUGAAACUGUAUGCCAUGUUCCUGUCACUGGUGUUCCUGGCUGAGCUUGUAGCUGGCAUUUCAGGGUUUGUGUUUCGCCAUGAGAUCAAGGAUACCUUUCUGAGGACUUACACUGAUGCCAUGCAGAACUACAAUGGCAAUGACGAGAGGAGCCGGGCAGUGGACCACGUGCAGCGCAGCCUGAGCUGCUGUGGUGUGCAGAACUACACCAACUGGAGCACCAGCCCCUACUUCUUGGAGCAUGGCAUCCCCCCCAGUUGCUGCAUGAAUGAAACUGACUGCAAUGCCCAGGACCUGCACAAUCUGACUGUGGCCGCCACCAAAGUUAACCAGAAGGGUUGUUAUGAUCUGGUGACCAGUUUCAUGGAGACAAACAUGGGAAUCAUCGCUGGAGUGGCAUUUGGAAUUGCGUUCUCCCAGUUGAUUGGCAUGCUGCUGGCCUGCUGUCUGUCCCGGUUCAUCACGGCCAAUCAAUAUGAAAUGGUGUAAGGAGGUUGCUUAGGGCAUGUAAGGAGGCACAUCAGUGAUUGUUCAUGAGGAGAGAAAAGCAUGUGUCAUGCAUGAUGGAAACUGUUGAGCAUUAGGUGGCCUCCUUGCUCGUUAUUGUUCUGUACCUGGGUAUGUAGAGACAAUUUAGUGCACCUCUGCCUCUAAGUUGAAACCUGUAUAAUCCUGUUACACAGCUGUCUUGUUGCUUCCUGUGAAGGCAAUGAUACUACUUUUGGUUUUCCCCAAUUAAUUACUAUUGUGUUACUUUACUUCUUUCUGUAUUGUUUUCUUGCAUUGACAUUAUAGACUUUGAGGACUUCAAUCAGAUCAAUUUAAAAAUGAGUGUGAAGGGGAAACAAAAGUCAAAAUAUUUUUAAAAGACCUUUAAAAAGAAUGCCUCUGUCUAGCAUGCCAACAAGAAUGCAUUGAUAUUGUGAACAUUUGUGAUAUAUGUAUUAAUAAAUAGAGCAAUUACAAAUGGCUGUGUUUUGGUUCUCUUCUUUGAUUCUUGUGACCGUUUUUUGAGCACGUACUCCCCAUUCCAUUUUGAGAUUUGACUUGAGGUUAUUGUUUUCAUUUGUACAAUUUAUCCAGGAGAUUGGAGGCAGCCCACCUUAAACAAGGGCACAG